AUUCCGAUGAUCACCAAAGUUGACGGAAAAUCUCGCAAUGCACGAGAUAAAUACAAAGCCCAGUUGCAGAAUAUUUGUUUGGCGCCUGGCAAUGAAACUCUGGUGGACUGGUAAAUUUUUCUGUUGAAAAUAAACCAUGUGAGUCCAGCGAGACUGGUGACAUAAAAAAUGACAGGAUGUCCCAGGUCGGAUGUUACUGCUGCAGCCCUGUAUCAACAGGUAUGGACGUGGACAGUGCUCUACAUGAACUGGGAAUGAUCAGUUCUGUCACAAACAGUAGAAAGGAAUACCUACAUGAGCGUAAAAGGUCUAGUGUGAGAGAAUUAAAUUCCAGAUUCAGGAUCGUACACAUCGAUCCUACAUAUGUAACAGGAUUAAGUUCAAGUACAUCCUCAAAUCCAGUUUCCCCGUUUAAGCAUGACAAAGAUUCCAGUACCCAAAUACCAGGACAUUCACAGCAAGUAUUGUCAACAGAAUUUGGAACAUGUUAUAGAAAUCCAGAGGAAGAGGCAAAUAUACGUAGGAAUAUGAAAUGCAGGAUGACACGCAUGUCCAGACUACGAGCUGGUCGCUAUCAUAGAUUUCGCAAACCAUAUGAAGUUCCAUGGAGGAUUAAUCAAUCUCUACCGGAGACAGAGAUAAGGCAAACAGAAGAUGAGUAUCUGCAUUCAAAAUCCAACUCUUCCUCCCCAGUAAAGGCAUCAUCUGAGAGUUCAUUGACAAGGUCAAGGUCUCUCGGCAACCUUGACCUUGCAAAAUUAAGUCUUGAUGAUUUUCUGGAGAAGAAAAUUACCCCUGCAGAAAAAGAAGAGAUGGAGAGGGUUUCAAAUCAUCUAGAAAAUCUCCAUGUCACAGAAAAAUCAUGACAAAGGAUGAUAACUUAGAAAGUAAUGGCAACAAAGUUGUUCUUGUUAAUAUUUAUUUGUGUGAAAGACUAAACUGAGUAUUUAUUAUGAGAAUAUUAUUUAUUGUGAGUGAAAACGGAUAUAAAGAUAAAUUAUUAAUAGGAAAUCAUUUACAAUGCUUUCUACAAACUUUUUUGAAAAACAAUAAAUAUGAAAAACUUCAAUUGUUUUACAAGUAAAAUGAACACAAUUUACCUUAUGGAAUGUAAUUUAUUCCCAUGAUUUAUCAAUUGGUUUCAAAACAGAGGGGGAAAAUUUAUAUAGAGUUAUAUAAGGAGAGGUAAUAUAUUUCAACUUUUGAACAGCAUAGAAAAUUUACAAGUCCCUUAUUUUUUAGCUCGCCGGGAUGACUGUCCGGAGAGCUAUUGUCAUGACCCCAGUGUCGGCAUCAGCUUCACACUUUAAGGAAAAAACUUUAACCUGGGCUAUAUCUUUUGAACCAAGGGAGAUAGGGUUUGAUAUUGCACAUAUAGAUGCCUCUUGAAGAGACCUUUGUUUUGAUACCAAGACUUUUGACCUAGUGACCCUUACUGUGGACUUUGACCUACUUUUUAAAAAUGUUAACCUGGGCUAUAUCUUUUAAACCAAGGGGGAUAGGGUUUUCAUAUUUCACAUAUUGAUUCCUCAUGAAGAGAUCUUUGUUUGGUACCAAGACUUUUGACCAAGUGACCAUGGACUUUGACAUACUUUUUAAAAACUUUAACCUUGACUAUAUCUUUUGAAUCAAGGGGAUAGGGAUUUGAUAUUUUACAUAUAGAUGCCUCGUGAAGAUGCCUUUGUUUUGGUAGAAGACAUUUGACCUAAUGACCUUUGCCAUGAACUUUGACCUACUGUUCAAAAACCUUAACCUUGGUUAUAUCUUUUGAACCAAGAGUGAUUGGGCUUUGGUGUUUCAAAUAUAGUUGCCUCAUUAGGAGACGUUUCUUGUUACCAGAACUGUUGACCUUGGACAGUUCUACUUUUCAAAAUCAUUAACAUUGGCUAUAUCUUUUGAACCAAGGGAAUAGGGAUUUGAUAUUUCAAAUUUAGAUGCCGCAUGACCAGGCCUUUGAUAUGGUAUCAAAAACGUUUGACCUAGUAACCUUGGACUUUGACCUAUUUUUCAAAAACUUUAACAUUUUGAAUGAUAGGUUAAGUAGAAUCAUGCUUCCCGGCGAGCUAUGUUGUCUUCUGACAACUCUUGUUAAGAAUUUUAUAUUAGUGCUUAUCACAACCAAACUAAGCCAAAAUAUAAAUCAACCCAUGCAUCUAUUUUUUUGGUUUGUAUUGAGUGUCCCCAAGAAAUCUUAGUUUAAUGGUAUAUAACAUUAAAAAGUAUUUAUUAUCUAUGUAGUGCUAAUAUGAUUACAGUACAUGAAUAGCUACACAUCAGGGCAAAAUUUGGGACCAGGACCAUUCAAAUUUGGAUUAGAAUGAAAAUUAGAUUUUUAAAACAUUAUUAGGCCUCAAGCAGAAAUUAUCAUUCAAACCGUUGAAGAUUUCACUUCACCUUGAUUUUAAAAAAAUCGCACUACUAUUUGGGGACCAACAUCAGGAAUUGGGCUGAUAUUUGGUCUCAGUCUUUGAGAAUCUAGAGCCCAAACAGCUGUAGCUCAUUAGUUUAAAAAAUUAAUGUUGAAUGGUCUAGUCGUUUAUCACAAAAGUGAUUGAACUAUGUAUUUCCCAGCCAGUACAAGUGCAGUUCUGUAUUUAUUUAGAAGUGCAUGUGCUAUUAAUGCAAUAACUCAUUUUAUGUAAAACAGAUGUAUGUAGUUCCAAAAAUAUAUGAAGUGUUCACAAAAAUGUUUGAGAUGUUCACUAUAUGCUGUAGAUCUAUGUAUUACUUUCUAAGUGGUGCUUGUUGCAUAGAAUGGCAACACUAAUUAUCAUAAAAAUGAGGUGCAGUUCCACUGUUGUACAAUGGAAUGACUUUUGGGUCUCAAAAUGUUUUGUGGAAAUUGCCUAAAAAUUGUGACAGUUUAUUUAUAGGAUGAGCUUACUAUGAAUGAUUUUCCAUUAUAUUCCAAGUUCCCAUUAAUAUGUCUACUAGUAGUCUAUUUUGUAGUAAUUUUGAUACAGUAUGGAUAACUUAAAAGUAGCCUACAUUAACCCAUAAUAACUGAAAAGUAGUCCCAAGAUGUUGAAGAAGUGUGACAAAAAAAUAGACUGAACAGUAACUUAAAGAUACAGAGUAUUUUAAGGUGGCUGUAUAUUGCAACAACCUUUUCAAAUUAAAAGUUUUGAAGGGUGAUUAAAAAUGUGAAAGUUUUAAUUGUGAUUGCCGAGGGAAGCCUGAUACGCUAACCAAAAUUUAUGGUAGUAAACUCGUGACUGAUAUAUGAUAUUCAUACCAUAAAGACACAAUACUACCAGAAAGUGUAAUUAUAGUUACUUGUUUUUAAAUCAAGAAGUAUUUAAAACUUGAGUUUUUCAAAAAUAGAACCAAUCAUGUCCAAUACAAUUUCACAUAAUUUGUCUCUGAUAUUUGGAGUACACAGCAUCAAAAGUGACACCGUUUUUCAAUUCUGUGAAAAUUUUGACUUUUUUUUUUAAUUCUUUCGGCAAACAAAUGUAGAGCACAGUUUUGGACAAACAAAAUUGCCAAAAGACCACAAAUGGCUGCAAAGCAUCAUGUUUUUGAUAUCAUCUUUUCAGUUUUACUUCAUUUUUAUCAAAUUGAGAAUAAUUGCUGCUUUGCAUCAGAAUUAAUUCUUGAACAAAUACAUUUGAUUUUGAAAAAAUGGCACAAAUGUUGAUUUUGAUGGGUAAAUAAAGCCCUUUUUGUAUAUACAAUGUAGUCCUUUGGUUUUCGAUAUGCUGAAUUAACCAAUGAAAUUAACAAAUUAUGUACUGUUUAAAGAAUGCUUAAAAGUUUACAAGUAUUUGUGACUUAAAGGGUUGUGCUGGUAAUAGUUGAGUUCUUUGAUGAUAAUGAGAAAAAGCAGUUGCACAAUUCAUGUAUUAAAAUUAUUGUGUGAAAAGAAAGAACAUGAAAUUAGUUUGCAAAAUAGUUGUUUUGUUUGGAUAAAUGUUCACUUAACUGAAAUUGUACAAUGUUUGGGUCUUGAAAGAGAGAGAUGCACAUGGUUACAGGGAUGUUUUCAAUGGUAAAAUAAAGAUGAAAAGUUU